AAUUUGUGAGGAAACGGCUCCAUUACUCUGCUGAUAGUUCAGCUGCUGCUAACACACACUCCUUCCUCUCCUCUAACUCUAGGUGAAGAAGAAGAGAGGAUCAUCGAUCACUGAUCUGGAUGUAAAGACACUUGAGGAGCUGCUGUUAAGUUCACCCGAGGUCACGGUUGGUAACAAUGUCGCGCGGUUCAAACGCAGGCUUCGACCGACACAUCACCAUCUUCUCACCGGAGGGCCGCCUCUACCAAGUGGAAUAUGCCUUCAAAGCCAUCUCCCACAGUGGCCUGACAUCAGUGGGGAUCCGUGGGACAGACACUGUGGUGCUGAUUACACAGAAGAAAAUACCUGACAAGCUGCUGGACUCGUCCACCGUGACCAACAUGUUCAAGUUAACCCCUCGCAUCGGCUGUGUGAUGACUGGAAACGGUGGGGACAGUCGUUCUCAGGUUCACCGGGGACGGGUGGAGGCAGGAGAGUGGAAAUAUAAGUUUGGUUAUGACAUCCCCACAGACGUGUUGUGUCGAAGGUUGGCUGAAAUCUCCCAGGUCUACACACAAAAUGCUGAGAUGAGACCUCUGGGCUGCUGUAUGCUGAUGGUGGCUGUCGACCCUCAGCAGGGACCUGUCCUGUAUAAGUGUGACCCUGCAGGUUACUACUCCGGCUUCAGGGCCACAGCAGUCGGGGCCAAGCAGACAGAGGCUAACACUUACCUGGAGAAGAAACUAAAGAAAAAGCCUGAACUGACCCACGACAGGACAGUGGAGUUGGCUAUAUCGUGUCUGUCCUCUGUCCUGUCUAUGGACUUCAAGGCCAUUGAACUGGAGAUUGGUGUAGUCAGCAAAGACCAGCCUAAGUUCAGGAUGCUGUCGGAGGCAGAGAUAGAAGCCCACCUGGUCGCCAUAGCAGAACGCGAGUAAAGUUGCCGUUAACAUGCAGCCGACCACGAAUCAUCAUAUUUCAUUGUAACUGUGUUUGACUUAGCAACAAAGCAGGAAGUUCAACCAUGAAGAAACUGAAGCAGGUUGACUUCACAGCAACUUACCAAACAUUUCCUCUGGGAUUCAUUUCAAUGUCAAAACAUGAAAUUUAAAUUCUGAUCCGGCUCAUUAAACUCUUUUAAAGAUUUAGCUUUUUCUUGGAUGUGAACAGACUUUUUUGUCAUACAACUUAAUUUACCACAGUAUGUUUCUAACACCGACCGUUGUAAAGAUGCAAUAAAAAUUAUAUUUCAAACCCUUUAAA